CGAGGAGGAGUAUAUCAUUCAUUGAUUACCAUCAUAAUCUUUCCCCCCUUUGCUUUGUUACCAGGAAAGUAGCUCUAUAAAGCCAAUCGCUAGCUCUGCCUCAGAUGCAGAUGAAAACUUUGAGAUAAAAAAUGUACCCAAAAUUUGCUUUCUUGCUGCCUCUUUGCUGUCUCUUUGCUCUGCGGACAUGGGCGUCAGACCCAGACCCUGUUCAAGAUUUUUGUAUUCCAAACACAAAUUUUGAUGCCUCUGCCAGAGUACCCUGCAAGAAUCCCAGGUUGGUCACCCCUGAUGAUUUCGUGUUUUCAGGUAUAAAAUCGCCUGGAAAUUUCUCUGAUACGGGCCUGUCAGCUAUACCAGUGAAUCCAACAACAUUUCCAGGGCUCAACACACUCGGCAUGUCGUUUGUACGUGCCGACUUCAGGCCUGGCGGGAUCAAUCCCCCGCAUUUCCAUCCCCGGGCAACAGAAACUGUAUAUGUUAUACUGGGGAAAGUAUAUGCAGGUUUCGUGGAUUCAACCAACCGGGUUUUUGCUAAGGUUCUUGAGCAGGGAGAUGUGAUGGUUUUCCCCAGGGGCCUGGUGCAUUUCCAGAUGAAUGUUGGGAAGUCUCCUGCCACGGUUUUUGGGUGUUUUAACAGCCAAAAUCCUGGCACGCAGAAAAUCCCGAAUGUUAUCUUUGGGUCUGGGAUUAAUGAUGAGCUCCUGGAGAAGGCUUUUGGAUUGAGUCUCAGGCAGAUUUCCAGGAUGAGAAGGAGAUUCUUGCCUAGAAAGGCUUGAUUAGAUAGGGGAAAGGGGAUUUCCAUGGAUUCCCUUGUUCCAUUUUCCCUUUCGGAUUUAUUACAGGAAAUUCCUUUCUUGUUUCCUGUCACUGUUUGGAAUGUUCCAGAUAUCUAUUCUUUGUUGUAGAGUGCAUUUUUUUUUCAGGUCUUUCACAAUUUCACGGAGAGAGAUGCAUUAUUUUUCGAGAUGGAAGCUUCCAAGAACAUUAUUUCAGUUCCUUUCGGUUGUUUCGUAUUACAGAGUUAACAGGAAGAAGAGGAAAUGCCAACCAAUCUGAAAAUUCUUCACUCCAUGAAACGUUUUGAAUUUCUCUUAAAGUAGAGGAAAAACUAAAACUGAGCAGAUCUGCUUGAAUCAUCAAAAUCUUGCACUAAAGUAAGAACGUCUUACAAAUCUGGGAAGGUAAACAGUAAAUACUGUAACAAUGUCUCCAGGGUUGUCUCCAAAAGUCUAGGAAAAAUCUAUUCCAUAAUAAAUUUCUAAUUUGAUGUGGAACUACUGCGAAAAAGGAGAGGUUCUUGUCUUGUACAUUGUCAUGAGGCAGGAUUAUGCCUACUGAUUAGAAACGUAAACAAAUGCAGAUGAACUCGUUCCCAUGCAGCUUUUUGAAAGCCCAGAAAUUAAUGCCAAAUCUUGAACUAAGAGAGAAAAUUGCAGGUUCCGUACAGAAAAUGUCGUCCAGAA